AGAAAACGUCCGAAGGUGAACGGAGCGCUUGUUGAAGUUAAGAUCACUGCAAUCCAAAGACCGAAGAAGGCUCGGUCCGACUCGAGCUCGAUCAGCCGCACUCUCGCUCGUAGUCGUCUAAGCUUUGAAUUUGGCACUCUGAAUCACUUUACCACUGGGACCGAUAUUGCGGCCGGGACUACCAUACCGUCAAUGACUUCUUUAUCUGAACACUCGUUUCGACCGUUGGCACCAUCCACUAUCCGAAGGAAAAGAAGUCCAGCUCUAGUGAAUCACUCUCAUCUUCAGAGAGCACUCCCAAAUGCUACUGUUCAGGAUGAUCAACUGUCUGGACUCACCACCGGUUGGACCAGGAUACGACAUCCGGAUUUUGGCUCUUACUACUUUCACAAGGAGAUGGGAGUUUGCAGCAAUAUGAAUCCUGAAAUGAGCGCCCUACAUAGCGUCAUCACCCAGCUACUGCGCGAUUUGAAGGAAAGGGCUCCUCCUGAUGCCAACUCCGAGAUGACUGUCGUUCUGGACUUAGUCUCGUCUUCCGUCUGUGCAGACCAGAGACCCACCUUCGGAUAUUAUUUUGCUUCUCAUACUCACAAGCGAGUCCUUUGGCUGGAAGAUUUUAGUCUCGCUUGCUUGUCAGAAGAAUGUGACGGACCUGUGGAAUCAUCUUCUAGAUGCGCUGAAGCACAGUACUGGAAGCAUUGCGAACUCUUUCCGAAUACACUCGAUGUCACAGAGGUUGUCAUCCGUGAACUCAAGAGCAUUUUAGUUCAAGCAUCUGCAGAUCGCGUGACUUCGAAAUUCUCGACAUCGCCCUAUGACGCAGAAAAUAUUUCAACCAUGUUAGAACUUGUGAAUAAUAUCGAGCCUCAGGGCAAGAGCGAGGAUGGGCGCUCAGCUUGGACAAUAGCGAAAUUCAUGGCGCUAUAUCACACCGGCAUGUUACGAAGUUCAUAUGGUCAAAAUGACGACUAUUUCGACAUCGAGAACUCUGAGCCAAAUUCGGAACCUUAUCGACGCUCGAUCCUGAUGGCAGUUUUGUCUCCAUUAAUGCUGAAGUCUGCAGAAAUCUACGCAGAAGAAUUACACAGCUUGCGAGACAAUUUCUCCCUUGCGCGGUGGAGGAAGUUUGUGAAUAAGGUGGAUAUCAGCAUCCGCGAUUCCAAUCUGCUGGCAACUGUCCUGCUUAGCACGAGCAUUGGCUUUUUGACAAUUGGAAGUGUGGAUUCAAGCGGUGCAGAUGCAAGGUCAGGAGAGCAGGUUGUCAUAUAUUGUUCCGUCAUCUGCAGCAUCGGAAGUAUCAUCAUCGGUCUUAUUAUUUUCAAACAAUACCGUGCAAAGGGUGCUGAUACUCCUGCGAGAGCGAUCACAAUCUUGAAGCGGAUCUUCCGCGAGCCAUAUGGUCUCGAGAGGAUUGCUGUUAUCUGCAGCCUGCCAUACAUCUUGCUGAUGUGGAGUCUGAUUCUGUUUUCGAUUGCAUUUUGCCAGAUUACUUUCAAUAAGACAGAUGUCGAGACUCGCACGCCUGUUGCAGUUGCGAUCUCCUUGGUUUUGUUAUCUGUGUUUGGGUCUUUGUAUACUGCUGGACCACGAGAUAAGGAGGAGAAAGUCAUGGGCCCACCCAAGGUCUCGAGCUGGAGAGUGAUAGGUCGGCGGAUCACAGGGUUUAUUCCGGCUGCGUACAAGCAAUUGCGGAAGCCGGACGAUCCAGUACAGUGUGCAGACAUUCAGGGUGAUGGAGAUAUGGAAACAGGUCUCAAGACGUGUUGAUUCGACUUCUCGGCUCCAAGUUAGAUGAUCCGAACAGUUACUACUAUUAUCAUCAAAUCUCCUCUAGCAUUGCUGUUUAUUCCCCUUGGUAAACUAUAUCACUGCACAACGUCACUCACA